CAACAGUGCAGGCGCAAGUUUCCACUGCUCUCAGUGUUCGCUCCUUCAGAGUUUCUGUUCAGAGUUGACCUUUGCGGGUUCUUUUCGUCGCCCUCGGCGGUGAUCGGAGAAGCGAGAAACAACUUGUCGCUCUCGUUUGUUCGAUGGUGGUACAGCGUGUACAGGAACUGGCAGAGGCAGGCCUCUCCUUUGUGCCCUCCCAAUACAUCCAGCCUCCGGAGCUCCGACCGGAUCGCCAUUGCCGCGCGGAUGCGGAAUCCGGUAGCAUCCCUGUUCUCGACCUUGAUACCUCUCUGAAUCCUAUACCUCACCUCCGUCGCCUCUGCAGUGAAUGGGGAGCCUUCCAUGUGGUGAACCAUGGCGUGCCGUCGCGUGUACUGGAGAAAAUAAAGGAGGCCGGACUUGGCUUCUUUCGCUCGCCCACGGAGGCCAAGCUGCGAUACGCGUGCGAUCCCGGAUCCGCAGCAACGGAGGGGUACGGAAGCCGGAUGCUGUCCAAGGAGGAAGGGGUGCUAGACUGGAGGGACUAUUUCGAUCAUCAUACCUUGCCGGAGUCUCGGAGGGACCCUAGCAGGUGGCCGGAUUUUCCAGAAAAUUACAGGGAUCUUGUCCUUGAAUAUAGUGACAGCAUGAAAGUUCUUGCUCAAAGACUUCUAAGCAUGAUUUCUGAAAGCCUAAAUCUGCCACAUUCUUAUAUUCAAGAUGCAAUUGGAGAAGUUUACCAGAAUAUAACCAUCAGCUAUUAUUCUCCCUGCCCACAACCAGAGCUUGCUCUUGGUUUGCAAUCCCAUUCUGAUAUGGGUGCCAUAACUCUUCUUAUACAAGACGAUGUUGGAGGUCUUGAGGUAUUGAAGGAUGGAGAGUGGGUACUAGCAAAACCUUUAUCUGAUGCCAUUAUUGUGAUUUUGGCUGAUCAAACCGAGAUUCUAACGAAUGGCAUAUAUAGAAGCGCAUUGCAUCGCGCCAUUGUCAAUGCUGAUCAAGCUCGGAUCUCCGUUGCGACCUUCUACGAUCCUGCAAAGACUCAAAAGAUCUCUCCUGCUCUUCAGCUCGUCACAGAGCAGUCGCCACUCAAGUACCGUGAGGUUCUAUACGGUGACUAUGUCUCAUCUUGGUAUAGCAAAGGCCCUGACGGAAAGCGUAAUAUUGAUGCUCUUUUGAUUCAACAGUAGCUGAAAGAAACUCGAUUGAGUGGGGAGGAACUUCCAGUUCUGAAGCUUUUGCAUGUGGUGAGUGCUGAUUCUUUUAACUUUUCUUUGUGUUUGAAUCAUUGUGGAACGAAUAAUAAAGUAAUUGUAAUACUAAAUUUUUCAUGACAAGCCUGUGUUUGUGAUAAGGUAGCUUUUCUUGAGAAA